UCUGAACUAUCAUUAAACUAGAAUGAAUGGAUCGGUAACUGCAUUGCUUAUCACCAUGCAGAGGUUCGCGAAACAGUCGUUGAGUGGAACCUACUGAUCUUAUGACCAUUUUCUUCAACGUGGUUCAAGCUUAGGCCUAACAUUUUUAUUUAAAGUCUAGCAUGAACUGAGUUUAAAUUUAGUAGUUGCUCAGAGUUUUUUUUAUAGUGGAUCUCGCAGAAAAAUCGAAUAAAUAAGAAAAAUAACGAUUCAUCAAUCACUACGCUACUACAAAGCAAUAAUUUCCUGACAAAUAUGUUUAUUGAAAUUCAUAGGAAGAUAAAGGAUUUUCAGUUUUUUCUAGUACUCCCAAAAUUCAUUCUCAUAUCUUUAAAUUGUUUACCAUAUAAUUUCGUGAAACGCAGUCCAAAGGAAUUGAAAGAAGAAAAAUCGACGUUGAGAUGUGUAUCAUCAUCAGAGAGGUUAAAAGAAGGUUAAAGGGGAGACGAAAGAAAAGAACUGCGGGACCUCAUGUAAAUCGUCUGUAGUAAUAAUAUUUCGGUACACAAGGGAUACAAUAACGAGGAUAAAAAAUAAAAAAAAAAAGAAUGGCACUAUGUGGCAGGAUGUGCCAAAAGCGAGGGGAAAAUGUUUUAAGCAAAUAUCACCAUUUUCAACCUUUAACUUCUAGAACGCAUUUCAUUAUUUUUUUUUUUAUUAUCUGGAAAUGGAAGGAUGACAAAGGAAAUAACGUAUUGCGGGCUCGUGGGUUCGUCCCAGUCGUUCCAAACACAGGAAUCGCAAAGAAGAUGAAACAUUCGUUGAUUAGUCGUUGGAGACGCAACUCGACACGCCACGAGUUGCGUUCGUCUCUUUGCCUCGUAUAGCGGCGGCGCGCGUGACGAUUUUACAUCGUGUGAUGGAAAAAAAAUAAGAAAAAAAAAGGCUAAGAAAUAUAGAUGGUCUUCGAAAUGCAAGUGUGUGCGUACUCAUGAAAGAGAGAGAAUGAAAUAGUGCGAAAAAUCGCGCGGUAAAAAUCAUACGAGUGGUACAUAUAUAAGUAUAAACCGCCGUGUAUUACGUGGCGGCGAAAACAGUGUGUUUUUUGCGAACGACCUUUGAGUAGCACGGUCGUAACUCGUAACCUAACUCGGUCCGAGUAUGCUGCGGACAAGAAGGCGCAAUUUAGCUUCACUGUUUAUUACUUAAAUUCAUAUAUAUAUAUAUGGAUGUAUAUGUAUAUGUACAUAUAUUUAUAUAUGCAUGUAUGUAAAAUCAUCAUUUUUUCUUUCUUCAUGCUUCCCCGCGCAUGAAUUUAUACCUUUCGAACCAACUUGACACGAAAUUCGAUCGAAUAUAAAUGAGCGUAACUACCAGACUAUUGACAACUUGCUCCGUACUUAGUCCGGUUGUCUCUCGUAAUAUUUACAUCGCCCCUGUCUUUCAACAACAAUUCAAGCAUUCGCAGAUCACUAAAACAAAGGAUGUGCUGGCGAGACGCUCCACUCUGAGAAAACAGCCAAUUUCUUCUUUGACAGAUUUGACAAAUUACAAAAAUUGUCCAAUUUUUAUGCCAAACCUGGGCACUCCUGACAAUUUGAAGACGGUCUUCAUGGAGUCGUCCACUGAUGUUGCUGAACUGGAAAAAGAUUUGGAGUUUGCUCAAAUUUCGAAAGUUUUAGCUGAAUUUUUGGUGGAUGAUAGAGACAACGAGUACCAGUUUGAAUCCGACCACACCAUGGGCAAAAGUCGGCGCAUAAGUCGCAAGAGAUCUAUGAAUAAACAAAAAUACAAAGCCAUGAGGCCAUGGAGACCCGUAGGCACUGGGACAACAAGCACAAACUUGGAGACACAUUUUGUCAUUAAAAUAUUGUCUUACAAUAUAUUAGCCCAAAACUUAUUGGAGAUGCACAAGUACUUGUACAUGGAACAUGACAAGACUGCGUUAGUUUGGGAAAAAAGGAUGAUCCUGGUGCAGGAAGAGAUAUUGAAAGCGGAGGCGAAUGUGAUAUGUCUUCAAGAGGUCCUAUGCGAUCAUUUGGAAGAAUUUUUGGUUGUCUUUAAAAAAUCGGGUUACGAUUAUAUUUACAAACAGCGCACAAACGACAAAAGAGACGGUUUGCUGCUGUUGUAUCGAGCUAAUCAGUUGAAACUCGUUGAGCACGUCCAGGUUGAACUUUAUCAGCCGGACAUUGACAUUUUGAAUCGUGACAAUGUCGCAAUCGUCGCUAAAUUCUCGUUGGUCGAAAGCCCUGAAACAAAUUUCAUUAUUUCGACCACUCACUUGCUGUACAACCCGCGAAGAAAUGACGUCAGGCUCGCGCAAACCCAACUGCUGUUCGCUGAGCUCGAGAGGCUUGCUUUUGUCAAAUGUACCAAGAAAGGAUCGUCCUAUCUCCCCAUCAUAUUAUGCGGCGAUUUCAAUCUACAACCCCAUACCGGAGUCUACAGAUUCAUAACCGAAGGCACGUUUGAGUUUAAAGGGAGAAAUCGUAAUUUAGAGCCAGCAUUGCUCUGUGGCCUUGGAAAUUCCUUGAUUCCACCCAGUUUGCUAAUCACGGACAACUGUGAACACUAUAACGUACUGAUGGAUCGAAUGCGUGGUCGAGCCGAGACAUCCGAAGAUGUCGAAUUGAUCGAUGAAGACAAUGAUCACUCAAAAUCACACGUCAAAAGUACGGAGUCAAUGGAAAACAAGGUCAAUCCGAAAACGUUCGAAUGUCAAAAAGUAAAAGUAGUCGAAGGACGAUACGCAAAAUUCUCGUCCGGGUCGUUGACGCAUCCCUUCAGAUUGAACAGCAUUUACAAACACGUGAACAACGACAACGAAUCGGAAGCGACGACUCAUCAGGGAGAAUGGGUCACCGUCGAUUACAUAUUUUACAGCGGCGUUGAACCUCUGACCAAAUAUAAUUUGCCAACGAUCGCAGAGUGCCUGACUCUCCCGACGAUACCGAAUCACGUCGUCGGAAGCGAUCACCUUUGUCUCGGUGCUAGUUUCCGAUUGAAAAAAAGAAAACGAUAAAAAUAUUUCAAAUGCCAGUCAGAAACUCUUCGACCUUGUACAUAAACGAGCGGAAAAUUCAUUUAUUCAAUAAACAAACCUAAAUUUUAUUUAACUAAA